AUGUCAUCCUGUGUUUGUAUUUUGCAUUCCACUGGUGCUUCAUGUAGUCGUGAACUUAUUUCACAGGCGGUUUACGGUACCUCUGCGGUGUUUCAUUCUGUCAUUAAUAGUUCUCCAGAUUUUAUACCAUCUGUAGCUGUUCUUCGUGCUAACCCUAUAGAGGGUGUUCGUUAUGCGUACACUUCAUGUGCGAAUGAUGCACCCCAUGAAACAGAAAAGGAAGGAGAAACAGAAGAAGAUCAAGAAGAGGAAAGGGAGAAUAGUGAUAGAAGGAAGAUGAGAAGAAUAGAUAGGGAAAUGUCUGCGGUGACCACCGAAACUGAGUUAAGUAGUAAAAACAAUGACGCUCAACCUCAUAGUCUUAUGGAGAUCUUCGGUGGUCGUUCGGCUCUUGGUUUGCAGCGUGCCAUUAUGCGAUGUGUGGAUGAUGCCGAUAAGUCUGGAUGUGUACGUGAUGAUACAGACAGAUGGGCCUGUCUUGCCGGCGCACUUUUAACGUCCUGUUGCUUUCUCCGCGCCCGUAUUACACAAGAUGAGAUGGGUGAUGACGUUACCCCUGGUAGUAAUAAUAAUAAUAAUACUAAUACUAAUAAUAAUAACGACGACAGCAACAAGAAUAAGAAUAAUACUGGGGUUCCUUCUCGGGGUGGGUGUAUAAUGGUUUUCAGUGAUGUCUGCGACACUCAUGCACUUUCAUUCGCCACGGAGUGCGCCUUCUCCGCUGCGGCGGUGGCCACGACGAAACUUCACGCCGCCGUGCAUGUCUUUGGCCCCGCCACGCAAUCCAGUUCUGUUGCCAGACGACUGCAGGCGCUUGCGAACGCCACCGGCGGAGUCUGUGCACCGGCCUUCGCCUUUGCGCACGUGGGCCGAUUGCUCACGAGUGAUAUUAGCGCCAUGACGACUCGACAGUUGCGGGAGCGGUUGGUGGAGCAGUACGUUGUGCAGCCAUUCAACUUGCCGCGGGAUGCCGGCAGUGUGGCGGAGACACAUGAUGGGAACGCGAGUUCACUGGCCUGGUUGUGCCCAGCGUGUAUGGCAGUUGUGGUGCGGCGCGCUGUGGAAAGUGGGAGUGCCCGGAAGUGUCCAUACUGUGCCGUUGAUAACGGCUCUGAUGGAGAAUACUAG